CUGUGCGAAAAUCGGUUGAGGGGCAAAUUUGAAAUUGGAGGCUGCUGGCUGGUGUGUGCGGACGUACAAUGGCAACCUCCUCUGACAAAGUUAACCAGAAGGAUGUACCAGACAUUGUUAUAGACCAGCGUUCGAAGAAAGAGUAUAUUAAAGGAAGAUUCUUAGGCAAGGGAGGAUUUGCAAAAUGUUACGAAUUGACAGACAGGGCAACAAAAGUUGUCUAUGCUGGAAAAGUGGUUUCCAAGUCCCUGCUAGUCAAAUCACACCAAAAAGAGAAGAUGACACAAGAAAUAACGAUCCACAAGAGCCUCCGCCACAAGCACAUAGUCGGCUUUCACAGUUUCUUUGAAGAUGACAAGAAUGUCUACAUCGUACUGGAGCUCUGCAAUCGACACUCCCUCAUGGAGAUGCAGCGACGUCGCAAAUCUGUGACAGAACCCGAAGCGAGGUACUUUAUGCAACAGCUGCUGUUAGGCUGCAGGUAUCUGGUGCAAGAGAAAGUCAUCCACAGAGAUCUCAAGCUCGGAAACCUCUUCCUCAACGACAAGAUGGAACUGAAGAUCGGGGACUUCGGUCUCGCCACUCGGCUAGACUUUGAAGGAGAACGCAAAAAGACAUUGUGUGGAACUCCCAACUACAUUGCCCCCGAAGUUCUUGGCAAGAAGGGACACAGCUUCGAAGUGGACAUUUGGUCUAUCGGAUGCAUAUUGUACACACUCCUGGUGGGACGUCCUCCCUUUGAGACAUCCUCCCUAAAAGAGACCUAUAUCCGCAUCAAGAAGAACGAGUAUCGCAUUCCGUCCUCCGUUGGACCCACUGCACGGACACUGAUUCAAAAGAUGUUGCAACUGGAACCGGAACGAAGGCCAAACGUAGAAGCUGUGUUGGCAGAUGACUUUUUCACAUCCGGUCCUAUUCCACAGCGUCUUCCCGUGUCAUGCCUCACCACUGCACCACGAUUUGACACCAUGAAUGCCAGCCUUAACACCACAAGAAAGCCCCUCGUUGAACUCAAGGAAAAUGGUGGCAAUGAAUUGACGCCCAUCCGGACGGCGACUGGUCAGGAAGUGAAGGGGAUGGAUAAUGCGAAAGAGCAGAAGCCACCUCCAAAGCCGGAGAUAGUUGAUGAGCGGGACUCGCACCUCAAAGAGCUUCAGCGUUUGCUCCGCGGCCUCCUGGAGUCAUCUCCACGUGAGAGGGCCUUCCAGCAGGAUGAUGAUGCAGAAGAUCCGGCUGCCACUCCAGUAUUUUGGGUGUCCAAGUGGGUCGACUACACCGACAAGUAUGGGCUCGGCUACCAGCUGUGCGACAACAGUAUUGCCGUGCUCUUCAACGACUCCACACGGAUCGUUCUCCUCAACAACAAUGUUGGUGUGACCUACGUUGACCGAGAGGGUCAGGAGACAUAUCACAGCCUGGACCAAUACCCCAGCACACUGGAGAAGAAAGUGACACUGCUCAAGUACUUCCGCAACUACAUGAAUCAGCACCUCCUCAAGGCUGGGGAGAGUGUGGCCCCUCGCGAGGGGGACGACCUGGUCCGUCUGCCAUACCUUCGGUCGUGGUUUCGCACGCGAUCCGCCAUUGUUCUUCACCUCACCAAUGGCACAGUGCAGAUAAACUUCUUCCAGGACCACACGAAAAUCAUCCUGUGCCCGCUGAUGGCGGCAGUGUCAUACAUCGACACGAAUCGAGCAUUCCGCACUUUCAAGCUCAGGACUCUGGAGACCUCGGGCUGCUCGCCCGACCUCGCUACGCGGCUCAAAUAUGCAAAGAACAUGGUCGAGCGACUCAUCAAGGCGGACUCAAACACUGCAUUUGCAUAGACAUUUUUAGCACGUUUUAUCCUAGCCUUGUAAAAAUUUUAAUGUCCGUGCCUUUUAUGCAACGUGAAACCUCAAAGAAGUGGCCAUCAAGAGUACAAGAAGGAGCUUACCCCAAAGCGCACUUGCAGAGUGUGCCAGACCACUUCUUGAGGGUACUAUUUUGGGGGAAAGUGAGGCCUAGAAGAGGCCUUCCGCAACUUUUAGGAUGGUAUUUUAACUUUUGGGGAAAACCUGGGAAGAAGCCAUCUUUUAUCGCAUUACAGGUGCCGCACUUCUGUGCUCACCUUCUUACAACUUCUGUUCAAUAUGUGCUUCUACGACUGUCUGAACAAAUACGAUGAUGUGCACUUUAUUGUGUGUGAUUUGUGGCACUGUUUAAUAAAUGUUUUAUUCAUGGA